AUGAACAAAACCGUGCUUGCCUCUUCCAAUAAUGACAAGGAUUUCUUCAAGCAUUCCCCUAGAAAUGAGGUACAUCCCGAUGCAUUUCCAUCGAUUUACGAUCUUUUUCUCGAAUACAACGGAUUGUAUUUUGAAGGGAAACUAAGCUCUGUCACGGUAAAAUGGUCCUCGAAAAUGACACUGUGUGCAGGCUUAUGUUGCUACCACAGACGGACAGGAUCUUGCACAAUUAAGCUAUCUGAGCCUAUUUUGAAAUUUAGGCCAGUGGAAGACCUAAAAGAUACCCUGUUGCACGAAAUGAUUCACGCCUACUUAUUUGUUGCUGCUCGAUCUACAGAUAGAGACGGACAUGGCCCGGAUUUCCAAGCUCUUAUGAGGGCCAUUAAUGUUGCGGCAAAUUCAAAUAUUACCGUGUAUCACUCUUUCCAUGGAGAGGUAAAUUACUACAAAAGGCACAUUUGGCGAUGCUCUGGCAUAUGCAGGGAAAGGCCUCCAUUUUAUGGAUGGGUAAGGCGAGCGAUGAAUAGAGAACCUCAAAAAGCCGAUUCUUGGUUCAAAAGCCAUCUUGAAGCUUGUGGAGGCACCUUUGUAAAGAUUUCUGAGCCAUUUAAACCCGCUAAAUCAAAUGCAAAAGAAAGAAAACACAACAAAAUUGUCCCUUAUUUUCCUGGUCGUAUUUUGGGAAGCAACGGUAAAAUGCCCGUCUUUAGGGAACGGCAAUUACGGACUCUCAAUGACAGUGCCUCGAAGCCCUUCAUAGUAGCGGAAGAUGAGACCAAAGGGAAAGCCGGUAUCUUUGAUGGUCAAAGUGUCACAGAUGGUCAGGCGAAAAGACCCCAAACUCUUGAUCUUCAAAAAGCCAACAUUGGAUCGCAAAAAAAUCCUUUCGUCAUUUCGGAUGCAGAGUCAGAUUGA